UCGUCGAGUCCCCUGCGCCGCCACCGCAGCCCCACGUGCGCCAUCGUUCCCGGAGCGCACGCCGCGUGCUUCCUCCAAAAUUUUUAUAACUUUGCCCCCUGCCUUUCUUUCUCCUCGCUGCUACUUUUUGCAUAAGGAAAAAAAAAGUUGUGUCGAAAGUGUCCCCUGAUUGCCACCUCCCAGUUAUCCUUCCUUCCCUCCCGCCCCACUUGUUUUUUUUUUUCCUUUUAAGCGGCGACAUUGUUUAGUGUUUAUUCUGUCUUAGAUCGAUAGCUUCUUUUGCUUGGUCGGGGCGGCUGCUGAGCGGCGGAGUGGCGUGGACCUCAUGUAGAAAUGACAACAAUGGAAGGGGCCAGCGGGUCGAGUUUUGGAAUAGACACGAUUUUGUCCAGUGCCAGUUCGGGCAGCCCCGGCAUCAUGAAUGGAGAUUUCCGCCCGCUCGGCGAGGCCAGGACCGCGGAUUUUAGGAGUCAGGCCACUCCGUCCCCCUGUUCGGAGAUUGAUACCGUAGGAACGGCGCCUUCUUCUCCCAUCUCGGUCACCAUGGAAUCCCCGGAGCCGCAUCUGGUGGCAGACGGGCCCCAGCAUCACCACCACCUCCACCACAGCCAGCAGCCGCCGCCGGCCGCGGCCCCCACGCAAAGUUUGCAGCCUUCGCCCCAGCAGCAGCCGCCGCCACCGCCGCCGCCACAGCAGCCACCGGCCCAGCAGCUGGGCUCGGCCGCCUCGGCCCCCAGGACUUCCACCUCUUCUUUUUUAAUUAAGGACAUCUUGGGCGACAGCAAACCUCUGGCGGCGUGUGCGCCCUACAGCACCAGCGUCUCCUCUCCCCAUCACACCCCGAAGCAGGAGAGCAACGCGGCACACGAGAGCUUCAGGCCAAAGCUCGAGCAGGAGGACAGCAAAAGCAAACUCGACAAGAGGGAAGAUUCCCAGAGCGACAUCAAAUGCCACGGAACAAAGGAGGAAGGAGAUCGGGAGAUUACAAGUAGCCGAGAGAGUCCCCCUGUAAGAGCCAAAAAGCCUCGCAAAGCCAGGACGGCUUUCUCUGACCACCAACUCAAUCAGCUGGAGCGUAGCUUUGAGCGGCAGAAGUACCUGAGCGUGCAGGACCGCAUGGACCUGGCGGCUGCGCUCAACCUCACAGACACCCAGGUCAAGACGUGGUACCAGAACCGCAGGACCAAAUGGAAGCGGCAGACCGCGGUGGGCCUGGAGCUGCUGGCCGAGGCGGGGAACUACUCGGCACUGCAGAGGAUGUUUCCGUCGCCUUAUUUCUACCACCCAAGCCUGCUGGGCAGCAUGGACAGCACGACCGCCGCGGCGGCUGCCGCCGCCAUGUACAGCAGCAUGUACCGGACUCCUCCUGCGCCCCAUCCCCAACUGCAGCGGCCCCUGGUGCCCCGCGUACUCAUCCACGGCCUGGGGCCUGGGGGACAGCCGGCCCUCAAUCCCUUGUCCAACCCCAUCCCAGGCACCCCGCACCCCCGGUGAAGAACGAGCCACAGCGCUGCAGUCCCUCUCCUGUCCCCUCCCCGACCCGGACAGCUAUCCCUGCUCUCCCCGCGCCAGGCCAUCGGGCCUCCCUUGCAGCAGACCGGGAAGCAGAGGAGUAAGAGAGGAAGAUGCUCACCAGUAGGCGGGGGGCCCCCAAAGAGGAGCCAGCCCUCCGCUGUGCAUCUCCCCACCCCCAGAGACAGGGCUGGAAAGCUCCCCCACAGCAGUGUGACUGGCGAAAGCGCUGACGCCACACAAAGUGCGACCAGUAAGUGAAAACAUCAACAAAAACAAAACCUCAAGUUCUUUUUAAAAAUGACUUUGGGGACAAGCAGGAGGGAGGGAGGGGGGAGGGGUAAGGAGGGAAGAAAGAAGGGCAUGAAGAGGAAGCCGCCCGGGCGGAGAGAGCUGUCGAUGUACAGACGGCCUCAAAUUCAGAGGAGAGGGCGCUGCGUGGACGGUUCGUCUGCCCCAGAGAAAAGAGGAGGGUCACUGAGAACUUUGCACUGAUGUCUCACGACCUUUUUUCUUUUGGAAAAGUGGCAUGCUCCAUAAUAUGAAAAAAAAUGUACAUUUGAAAGACUGAGUGAUAAGUGAUAUAUCAUAUUUAUUAUAUGUUGUCCGAAAAAGAGUCACUUAUAUAAGUUAGUAAAACAUGAUUUUUCUUUUCAUGUCUUUUUGAUUCAGUAAAAUAAAUGCUUAGACAAAAAUAUAGAUUUUUUUGUGAU